AUGUUUCCGACGGUCGCACCUUUCCCACCGGUUCAGCCGCAUCACCACCUCCACCACUAUCCUACUGCCGAAAACGUUCAGUUUUACGACGUGAAUGAAUUGAAUUCCCCCGGCCCGAACGACCCCUCCAAAUCCUUUUUCAACCCUUCACGUUCGCGUCUCCAGCUUCCGCAUCCUGUCCAACGCCUCGAUUCCCGCGAUGCCGCCGGGUCCGGCUCUACCGCGAGUAUGUCUGGUGAGCAUGCUUUGAGGAGGAAGACCCCGAACGGAACUCUCGCAGCUGGCUACGAUGGAACUCCCGGUGAUUCUACCCUCCAACCGGCGGCAAAACACAUCUUGGUAUCUCCCAUGGAUGUCGGCCAAUUCAUGCCCCAGCAAGGGUUGCAGUCCGAUAACUGGCAACCGCCCGCUGUAGAUUCUACCUCGACGCAUAUGAAUUUCCCUCCGGUCUUCAAGAACGACGGCAAUGCGGUUGCUCCGGGAGAAGUUGUACAAGAUGCGAAUGGGACUAGUUGGGUUCGCCCGGUCAAUUACCCCCAGGGAAUGGACUCAGUGCUUAACCAAAGUUUACCGCUGCAAACGCCCCAUCGGUUCCUUUCCCAUAAUGGCGCAUAUAUUCCCACAGUACUCCCUGCGACUUUACAGCCAUGUGUUGGACCGACUGCAUCCGCAGGCUCGGGUCCGUUUGGACCAUAUUGGCCGGAUGGCGCAUACAUACCCUAUCGCCCGGUCGCCUUUCGUGAACCGCGUUUUCAAUCGCCUAAUCCCACCAGCCAGCCCCUCUUCGAUCACCAUCAGCCGGUUUUCAACCAACCUCAAAUGCCACUGGGCAGCUUUCCGGAUUCGGGCUUCUCUUGGGGCCCACCCCAGCCUAGUAUGACCGGUCAAAGUUCAAUGAUGAAGCCUCAUUUUCCACCACGGCAUUCAGAUCAACAGCUCCCAUAUCAUGCUCGCGCCAAUCGACCUCUAUCUUCGUACUCGUCAAAUAACCCUACUUAUGAGGCUAUGCCUUGGAACAGCCGAGCUUCUGCAGGUUUCCAGGCCCCUGGUCCCGCGGUUCCUGUCAACAUGGAAUUCAAGGAGAAGGUUUUGUCCUGGGCCCAUGGGGUCUAUGUUGACCUUCUUGCUACUAUCCAUCAAGCUCGCCGCAACAGCGCGUCCGCCGGUGGUCAAGGCGGCCAGAAUCCACGCUUCAUGAAGCCGAGCAUCUAUCCUAAACCGCCUCGUCAACCCGGGCUCGAUUUCUCACAAAAUAUCCCUCCUAAUAUGCCCCGACACAAUAGCUACCCAUCCAGCCAAUUUGACCUUCAGCGACAGAAGCUCGGCCUCUCCCCAGUCUCUGUACUGAACGAUCCUAGCCAUAAACCCGGCCAAUCGCAAAGGCAUGCCCGGCGGCCUUCGUUGAAUCAGUUCACUCAAACGCAGAGAGGAUCGGACGCUUCGAUGCACGAUGCGGGCGUCUUUUCCGGGAGGUCGUCUAAUUCACGAUUCUCCGGUUCUCUUUUCAAUGAAGGUACUCCGGUGAAUAACGCCAUGACGGCAUUGGAGAUGCUCUCUCACUUGUGCAUGGAAAGUCGGUGGGAGUGGAUCGAUGGUAUGCUUCUUGGAGGCUGCUUGGCAUAUGGACUAGGUGAUUACCAAAAAGCUUUACGAUGGUACUCCCGCAUCAUUGCGCGAGAUUCAACGCAUGUCGAAGCGAUAUCGAAUUUGGCAGCGACCCUUUUGGCACUCGAUCGACGAGAAGAGGCCUCGUCGAAUUGGCUUCGCGCCGUCAAAUUACGCCCGAGCUUCUUCGAAGCAGUGGAGCACCUGAUCGGUCUGUUAUGCAGCACUCAUCGAGGCAAAGAAGCCGUCAAUAUCAUUGACUUUGUUCAAAAUUCACUGCGCCUUCCGAAAGAUGGUGACUGCUUCAAGACUGAUGAACAUGCUAGCGAGCCCGAGAGCGAUGCUGAGAGCAAUAUGUCAGACGUGGCGAUGUACGACAAAGCAUCUUUUGAUUACGAAGAUGACAUCGGUCGCAUUGGUCGUAUUCAGAGUGUGGACUUGGGCUCACCCGACCCGGUCGGCUUUGCCACCAGCGGAUAUGCCAUCGCUGGUGCGGAUAAUGGGAGAAUGUUGGCUCUGGUCCAUGCCAAAGGUAACAUGCUCUAUGCACUAGGGGAUAAUGCCGGCGCUGCCGCCGCCUUCGAAGACGCAGUGUUAAUCGCCGCUGGGCGCCAGCGGCAUGGCAUCCAAAGCCUAAUCAAGAAAAUAUUCGCGGCCUUUUCUCACGUGUCGAGCAGCAACGACUAUCAACAGCCAGCGAGUGCGACCGAAAGCAUUCUCUUGUACCCGGACAGAGCCUUGCAAACUUCCAAACUUGUCUUCCGCAGUGGCACCCCGCCUGGGCUGAAGUAUGUGGCUGAAGGAAUCUCAAGAAAUGCCGCGAUCUCUACAACAAGCAACUCCCUGUUGUCACUAGCAAAAAUCUACCAGGAUGGGAUGUCGACCGUGUCAGCAAAAUCACCAAGAUCAACACCCGGAGUACGAGAUAUAUUGGCUCUUUACUAUCUGUCUCUUUCUUUGCAGCCAAGCCCCUCUACCGCCAACAAUGUGGGCAUCUUGCUGGCAGGCAUUCAAAAUAAUCCGCCAGCCAGAGGAUUGGUACGAUCGAACGGGGAAAGUCAGCACCCGGAGAUCCCAGGUGUUGUACCGGGCAGCGGGAUCUCUUUGGCCUUGGCAUACUACAACUACGGGCUUCAACUGGAUUCCCGCCACGCUCAUCUGUACACCAAUCUCGGUAGCCUCCUGAAGGAUAUUGGUCAACUUCAGGCUGCCAUCAAAAUGUACGAACAAGCGGUGCAGUGUGACGGCAACUUUGACAUUGCUUUGGCCAACCUGGCAAAUGCUGUUAAGGAUGCUGGCAAAGUGAACGAUGCCAUCUCAUACUAUAGACGCGCCGUCAAGGUGAAUCCUGAAUUCGCCGAGGCUGUGUGUGGAUUGGCAAACGCAUUAAAUUCUGUGUGCAAUUGGGUGGGCCGCGGGGGUAUUGUCAAAGGUCGGGGUUUCCGUGACCGAUGGCAUGUGGAUGAAAAGGGGAUGUUGCGCGAUGCACAAAGCAACGACACGGGUGCUGGUUGGAUCAAACGAGUCGUGGACAUUGUGGAUCGGCAACUUCGAGAAGGCGAGUACUGGGGUCGAGGUUUGCUCACUGCUAGCACUGCCGAUCAAUUAUGUGCCCAAUUGGCUACUGCCAUUGAGUCGAGCCGAUCCAUGUCGAACAAACGGCCAUCCAUCACAAAAAUCCUGCAGUCAUGGGCGGGUCAGAAAUGGGAAGGAUCUCGCAUCGUCCGGCUUGUCGAGCGAGCUAUCAGGUCUCUGACCUGGCAAUGGUACCAAGAUCGCUAUGUGCACGGCAAAGACUACCCGUCAUCCAAGUAUCGUCGGCCCCAUCUUCCUACUGCUCUCACGGCGCCCAAUGCCCCGACUGUGCUUCCAUUCCAUACCUUCACAUGUCCCUUGUCAGCAAAACAGAUCCGACAGAUCUCCCAGCGCAACGGUCUUCGAAUCUCGUCGUCGACCUUGCGGCUGCCAUGGCUCCCGGCGACUGUCUACCAACCUCCAGCACCGCCAAGCCCAAGCCUUCGCGUCGGCUAUGUGUCCUCAGACUUCAAUAAUCAUCCUCUGGCUCACUUAAUGCAAUCUGUGUUUGGUCUGCAUGAUCCUAAGAGGGUCACGGCAUAUUGCUAUGCUACAACAGCAAGCGAUAAAUCCAUACACCGGCAGCAGAUCGAAAAAGAAGCACCGGUGUUCCAUGACGCCAGUGGAUGGCCUGUCGAUCGACUAGUGCAGCAGAUUGUCGAUGACGGUAUCCAUAUCCUCAUCAAUCUGAACGGCUAUACUCGAGGAGCUCGGAAUGAAGUAUUUGCUGCUCGGCCUGCACCAAUCCACAUGUCAUUCAUGGGCUUUGCCGGAACCCUUGGUGCCGAAUGGUGUGAUUACAUUCUUGCGGAUCAAAUCUCCAUUCCCCCGGAGACCCUCAACCCGGUGCGACGCAAAACGCGCAUCACUGACCAGAUCUUCGAAGAGGACCAUGGGGAGGACCUGGAAGACUGGGUCUAUGGCGAGAAGAUUGUCUUCACUCGUGAUACCGAGCGACUGCUCACUUGGGAUGAAGAACAAUGUCGACGCUGGAGGAUGCGGAAAGAACUGUUCCUUAAACUCAGCGAUGAUACCAUCAUCCUGGGCAAUUUCAAUCAGCUAUACAAAAUUGAGCCGACGAUAUUCCGAACAUGGCUGCGCAUUCUGGCGCGAAUUCCCAAGGCCGUCCUCUGGCUGCUACGGUUCCCAGAAACAGGCGAGCAAAACCUUCGGGACAUCGCCAAAGCGUGGGCAGGAGAAGAGACCGCGUCCCGGAUCAUAUUCACCGACGUGGCACCGAAGAACACGCACAUUGCCCGGGCGAAAGUGUUGGACCUGUUCCUUGACACCCCGGAGUGCAAUGCGCACACGACAGCAACAGACGUUCUGUGGAGCGGCACACCGCUGCUCACGCUCCCACGAUACAAAUACAAGAUGUGCUCGCGCAUGGCGAGCAGUAUUCUCUCUAGCGCGCUCCCGGGCGACGAGGCUGGACUACGAGCUCGGGAGGAGUUGAUUGCCUCGUCUGAUGACGACUACGAGAACAAGGCCAUUCGCUUGUGCAUGGACCUGCACUACGUGCCGGGGGGCGGUGGCAGAGCCACCGGCCGCCUGGCGGAAUUGCGGCAGAUGUUGUUUUUACAGCGACAUACGAACAAGCUCUUUGACACGGCGCGCUGGGUGCGUGAUCUUGAAGAUGCCUAUGAGGCUGUGUGGGCGCAAUGGGUGACUGGCGAAGAAGGCGAUAUCUGGUUAUGA